AAAUAUAUUCAUCAAAUAAACAAAAAUCUCUGUAUUUUUUUUUAAAAAAGAUGGCUGAUUUGGAUUUACAGAGGAAGAUGGUAUCUCCGAAGCUCCACGUCACCAUUCCUGAGCCGUGUAAGCUCUCCUCCGUCUCUUCUCCAAUCUCCUCCUCUUCUUCCGCCGCUUGCUCUGCUUACGAGCUUUACCUCCGUUUGCCUGAACUUAGAAACCUCUGGUCCUCUCUCUAUUUCCCUCACUGGAUCUCCGAGCCCGUUCUCAAACCAGCUCUUCAAGCUCUUGAGAUCACUUUCCGGUUAAUCCUCACCGUUGCUUCUGACACACGUCCUUACAUCAACCGCCGCGAAUGGAUCCGACGGUUGGAUUCCCUCACUACCAGCCAGAUAAAAAUCGUGGCGGCUAUCUGCGGAGAUGAAGACAACUACGAAGAGAACGUAUCGGCGGCUCCGGUCAGCAAUGGCUGGAGCUCGUUGAGUUUGCUUUCGGAGAUCGCCACGUGUCGUACAUCGGAGAGUGUUGGACAGAAGAUCUUGUCUACGAUCGAGAAUGAGAUGCGUUGGUGUAAGUAUACGCUCGGUUUAGGAGAACCAAACCUCGCCGGAAAACCGUAUCUUCAAUACGACGCCGUUUGUCUCCCGGAGGAGCUACAUAGCCUCAAGAACAAUCCUUACGCAGAUCACAUCGAGAACCAAGAGAAUCAAAUGCUCUACACUAGUCAUCAGAUUCUUGAAUCGUGGAUUUACGUUUCUGUGAAUCUUUUAUAUAGAAUCGAAUCGAGAAUCGAAGAGGGAAAAUUCGAAAAAGCUUCUUCAGACGUCUACUUGUUGGAGAGAAUCUGGAAGCUUCUAUCAGAGAUUGAAGAUUUACACAUUCUUAUGGAUCCUGAAGAUUUCUUGAAGGUGAAGAAACAGUUACAAAUCAAAUCGACGUUUCCAAACGACGCAUUUUGUUUUAGGUCAAAGGGCUUAGUAGAGAUGGCGAAGAUGUCCAAAGAGCUGAGACAGAAAGUGCCAGCUGUUCUUGAGGUGGAGGUGGAUCCCACCGGAGGUCCGAGGUUGCAAGAGGCGGCGAUGAAGCUUUACUCGAGGAAAACAGAGUACGAGAAGAUACAUUUGCUUCAGGGAAUGCAGGCCGUGGAGUCUGCAGCCAAGAGAUUCUUCUUCGGAUACCAGAAGUUGGUUGCAGCGAUGAUUGGGAAUGCAGAGGCGAAUGCAAAUAGAACGGUGGCGAAUCACGAGUCCUAUGAUUCACUGACUCAGGUGUUUAUGGAGCCACCGUAUUACCCGAGCCUAGACGCCGCAAAGACAUUUCUGGGAGAGUUCUGGAGCCAAUUGUGAUGCAAUGGAAGAUAUUGACACAACUACUUAACAAACACUAUCAACAGAUGUAACACUACUGAAAUUUUUGGAAGCAUCUAACGAUCAGUGUAUGAAUAUAUGUAACUCAUUUUUUUUAGCACAAAACAAUAUUUUCACAACAGCAGAUGUUACAAAUGGUACAAUGAGGGUACAACAUACACUAGGCUACUACUAUAUCUCUUUAUAAGCUUCUACGAGAAAACCCCAUUAGCCACCGAUUAUAAACUUUUGCUCUCUAUCUUCCUCUUACCGUAAAAGUAAGAUCAGUUCUGUUUUUAAGUCUUACUUGGCGUCAAACCCGUCCAUAGCUAGAACGUGAAGAGUAGUAACCAGUGGAAGAGACAGCGGAAAUGUACUGCCAUGCAAAAGCAGCAAUCACCAGAACCAUAAAUUGCGGCUAUCCACGGCUUUCAUGGAAGUGUAUACAAGUGGCAUUUUCCCAAAUUCUGCCACAAACCGGUUUACGCAGUGUGUUCUUUUUUCUGUGUGCCCUCCUAUGCUACUAAUUCCAGUU